AUGUUAAAGGGCGCAAAGAAAAAUGACAGACGGCCUGUGCCAUGGACAGAGGAAACCAUACAGUGUUUUGAAAAGUGCAAAACAGUUUUGGCUAAUGCUGCCCUCCUUAGUUUUCCCAAAUCUUCUCUACCAUUAUCCUUAUGCACUGAUGCCUCAGAUGUAGCUGUUGGUGCUGUAUUGCAACAACUAGAAGAUGGAGAUUGGAGACCAAACAGCGCACAUUGUCAGCAUAGCCUUUUACGAAAACUGGAUAACCCGUUUGGUGUGCCUACACAAAUAAUAACAGAUCAAGGGAGGCAAUUUGAAUCACAACUGUUCAGAAGUUUGGCUGUGAUAUGUGGUGCUAAAGUACAGCAUACAACACCAUAUCACCCACAGAGUAAUGGAAAGGUGGAACGUUUUCCCAGAACCUUAAAAACAGCCAUAAAGGCCCAUUCCAACAUCCGAUGA